AGGGCGGCCUCCUGGCUGGCGCUGGCGGAGACGGGGAAGGAGCGCGGAGGCCAAACAAAGAUGGCGGCGCCUGAGGCGGCCGGGCCGGGCCUGGGGACGGCCGGGUGAAGCCGCGCCUCAGCCGGAGCAUGUCGGGGCCGGACGAGCGGGAGCCCGGCGGGGGCGGCGUGGCGGCGGCGGCCGCCGGGGGAGGCGCGCUGGCGCUGGGGGAGGCGGCGGGGCCGGGCCCGGGGGGCGCGGAGGAGCCGGGCCCGCCGCUCGGGGCUGGCGGGGCGGGAGGGGGCGGCGGCCGGCCGGGGCAGCCCGAGCCCGGCGCCGACCGCGACUCCGACGCGCCGCCCAAGAAGCGGCUGAAGCUGCCGGGCGGGACCGAGGGAGGCGGCGGCGGCGGCGGCGGCGUCAAGCUGGAGGAGCGGCUCUACUCGGUGCUCUGCUGCACCGUCUGCCUCGACCUGCCCAAGGCCUCCGUCUACCAGUGCACAAAUGGCCACCUGAUGUGUGCUGGGUGUUUCAUCCACCUGCUGGCAGAUGCUCGGCUGAAGGAGGAGCAGGCGACGUGCCCCAACUGCCGCUGCGAGAUCAGCAAGAGCUUGUGCUGCCGGAACCUGGCCGUGGAAAAAGCGGUGAGCGAACUGCCGUCGGAAUGUGGCUUCUGCGUGCGGCAGUUUCCUCGCUCGCUGCUGGAGAGGCACCAGAAGGAAGAAUGCCAGGACAGAGUCACCCGGUGCAAGUACAAGCGGAUUGGGUGCCCAUGGCAGGGUCCUUACCAUGAGCUAACUGUCCACGAGGCGGAGUGCACGCACCCAACCAAGACCGGGAAUGAACUGAUGGAGAUCCUGGAUGAGAUGGACCAAACUCACAAGAAGGAGAUGCAGCUCUACAACAGCAUCUUCAGCCUGCUCAGCUUCGAGAAGAUCGGCUAUACAGAGGUUCAGUUCCGUCCUUACCGAACAGACGACUUCAUCACGCGCCUCUACUACGAAACUCCGAGGUUCACGGUGCUGAACCAGACCUGGGUGCUGAAGGCCCGGGUGAACGACUCGGAGCGCAACCCCAACCUUUCGUGUAAGCGGACCCUCUCCUUCCAGCUCAUCCUCAAGAGCAAGAUCAACUCCCCCAUGGAGUGCUCGUUCCUGCUGCUCAAGGGUCCUUACGACGAUGUAAAAAUCAACCCCGUGAUCUAUCACUUUGUCUUUACCAACGAGAACAAUGAAACAGACUACGUGCCGCUCCCCAUCAUAGACUCUGUGGAAUGUAAUAAGUUGCUGGCAGCCAAGAACAUCAACCUUCGUCUCUUUAUAUUCCAGAUACAGAAGUAAGCAUAGCUUGGCUCUUUCAGGAGCGACCGAGAGAGAAAAAAGAGCACCACUGAACCAGAGUUACCUCGUAUGGCUGCCUCGGCCCCUUUUGUGAUUCCGCCAUUAUUUGACAAUUUUUAAAGAGAACGUCUCUGCAUGUGUGGCUCACUGACGACAUUGAGUGGUCGUUGGCCGUGUGUCUCCAUCGAGCAGGGAACCAGCUUGACGCAGGGCACCGUUGAGGCCGGAGUAUGUCAGGAGGGAAGGCUGGCGACACUGGUUAAUACAUUGUGAAAAAAGCUGUGUUUGUGUCAUGGUGUAUGUAAUAUCCAGCAAUAGUGUCCGCAUGGUUGGGGGUCUGGUUCCUGUCAUGCCUCCGUGGGUAGCACUCUGUUUCAAAAGGAACAACUGUUCCUGGGUAGGCUCCUCCAGUUUGGUUGGAAAAAAGCAAAUGGCUUAGUGGACACCUUCAGGUCCCCCAAGGGAGGCGACGUUUGUCAGGCUGCUUCUAGCUAGGCUGAAAUGCCACAUUCCAAGAGUAGUGCGUUUACAGAGAGGGGUGUCCCAAGCGCUGCGUGGCAUGAGCGAGCGAAUGGGGCACUGCGGCCACCCAAAUAAUUCCCUCUCCCAGCUUUCUGUUGCCAUUGCAUUGGUAACAAAUGCGCGGAAGCAUGUGAAAGGAAGUCGGAAUAAUGGAAGGUUAAUAACAAAAAGCUGCUGGCCUUUCCUCCCCUCAGACGCUGUGCCCUCACCACGACGCGUGUUGCACUUCACAAAACGCUAGCCCAGAUCCGGCCCUCCUCUGGUCCUCGCCAGUGCCCUGUCCGUCCCGUUCCCUCCACCCCCUGCCUCUACCAACUGGCUUGAGAUGGCGUCAGACCCAGGACCCCUCUAGAGCUGACCCAAAUGAGUGCAGACUUCUCGGAAUGCAGGGUGAUUAUUCUGUCUGUCGCGGGAGCUCUCCCGACACUUUGGAAACAAAUGAAUCCCCCUCCCCUCGUGCAAAUGCGUUAACAGGCUCUUCUAGCAAUUAUGCAAUUUUGCAAUGUGAUUUUAUGUAUGUAAAGUAUAUAUAGCAGGUUUAUGGAUGGGGAUUGUGGGGCCAUUCACCAAAUUUCAGCGAGCUCUACAGGGAUAUUUUGCUCAAUGCGCUUAAAAAUAUUUUCAACCGUGGGGGAGUUGGCGGAAGAUGAAGGCUGCAUCAUGAGACGCUUGGAUGCGCGAGUCCUGUGCAUUCAAGGUGAUUUUCUCCCCUUCCCCCUGGCUUUUUUUUAUUUUUUUGAAAAGGAAGCUACAUUUGGCAAUUAACACUUUAUAUGGACUAACUGGAUCAGGUUUGUUUCUGUAAAAACUGUUGAAAACCUGUUGCAGGUGCUGCUUUGUCUGGGACUUUGUGCUGUUAAUGGUAAACAAACCAGUUUCUGCUUGCAUAUUCCCCCCUCCCCCUUUCUCCCUUCAAGACCCCGAUAAUCAACAGGUGUGAUUGGAAAGCUGUUUUAGAAACCAGAAGAGUAGCAGCGUUGGCCCUUGUGGGCAAGCCCCUGUGGAACUUGUAAUCCAUCAAGUCAGGUUGCUCUGCCAGGUGUCUGAUGAGUUUUGGUGAUCUCAGGGCGGCAGAGCUGCUGACGGUCGGGCCGCUGUUCCUGAGAGAGCAGGCGGGGGCCGUCUUGGCCACUGUCGGCCCAUUAGUUCCAUGAAAGCUCAGCUUUGGUGACUGACCUUCAAGCCUCUUCAGAUGCCUGGGAAACUUGAGGGUGCAGCCGCAGCUCUUGGAAGCAGGAAUGGGAUAAAUGGGUUGUGUGGUUGGAAGAGCCAUGUGUGUUCCAGAGGAGGCCUUUUUUAGCCCCCUGUGACUACAAAUGAGGGUUGAGGAGGCUGCCUAGACACGGUUUGUCAACACCUCCCCUAACCCCCCCAGACAGUGGGUGUUUACAAUCAUGUUGUCCUCAGUGUACCAUGGAACCGUCCAUCUGUUUUUGGAGCAAGCAUUUCCUCAGAACUAGUGGCUUGCAAGAGAGGUCUUAAAACCGGCUAUGGAGGCAGAGCUCUGCUCCAGGACAGUCAUGCCUCGCCCUAGCGGCCGAGGGCGCACGUGAUAAUCUGCCUAAUAGAGACCAGAAGCUGGAGCCACCUUUGGCUGCUGUGGUUGGAUUCACCGUGCGUUCUCCUGUGGGGUCAAAUCAGAGAUACACACGGGGGAAUCUUGCAGGUUGUUGUGAUGUGGACAGGUGGGAGCAUCCUCUCCUGAGACACAAGAGCUCAGCGCAGCUGGCUGCAUAGCCGUAGUAUUAAGAUCUCCCGUCAGCCUUAAACCGGGGCACAGCUAGCUGUCACUGGGCACCUGCGGACUUGACCACAAAGGGACUCUGACGUUUCUGAAUUGUGCAUGCCGAACGCCACCCCCCACCCCCGGGUGUAUGUGAAUGGACUGUGGAGGCCAGGAGUCUGCCACAGUUCAUGCGAAAGUGCCAGGAAUUGCAUUCAGAGUCAGCCAGCAGCCUUUGUUGAGAGCGUAUGGGUCGGAGGAACGCUGCCAAGACUUCUGGGCCGGCCUUUUCCUGCCGCUGAUCUUGGCAGGGCCAGUGGAAAACUCUGACCCUGUCCUGGUACAAUUUGAAAAGGCAUCUUAACCCUGGACUCCCGCACCUCUUUUCUGGCAGAGGAAUGUUCCCCUGAUGCCUACAGGGAGUCCCCCUGCCCACCCGCCGGGGGUUUGCACAGACAUCUAUGGGCAUGGGCCCUGCUGUGCUGAUGGCGGUGGCUUGGUCAAGGGAAGGUGUCCUCGGCCGGGCCAGCGCCGCUGCCUUGUUCACCUGGUACGGAUGAACGUGCCUGUUCUCGCACCGUGUUGAGGCAGCUGCUCCACUUGCAAGGGUUGCUGGAGCCCUCGUAGCCGCCCGUCGGCUGUAGCUGGCUCUUGUCCGUCUGGGUAGAUGGUGGAUGGCAAACCAUCUCCUCUGGUGUUCUAGCAACUGGCACUCGUGUGACAUGCACACCUAGGGGCGGGGUGUCCUCUGUCAGUUUCGGAAGGAUCUGGCUGGCUCCUGGGGCAUCAGAAGAGCGGAAGCAGGAGGGAGCUGUGCAGGAGGAUCUGUCUGGGGAAGAUGCGUUAGUCUUUUCAUCUCUCUCAUCCUGGAGUCAACAGACUGGGCUUGCUUAAUGUUGCAAUUUCCUCCCUUUGAAACCACUUCUGACGGUGCUGUCUUGUGUAGAAACAUCCCUUGAAGAGUGGCUGCUUCGUAGCAGUGGCUCUAGACUGCAGUGGUGGCGAACCUUUGGCACUCCAGAUGUUGUGGACUACAAUUCCCAUCAGCCCUUGCCAGCAUAGCCAAUUGGCCAUGGUGGCAGGGGCCUGAUGGGAAUUGUAGUCCAUAACAUCUGGAGCGCCAAAGGUUCGCCACCACGGCUCUAGAGCCUCUAGUGGCGCCGGGCUAAAACGGAAGGGCCUUCUCUUCAUAGACGGUCUCUUCAUGGCAAAAAUACUCACACCAGCCAGGGAGUUGGGGAAGGUUUUCAUCCUUUGGUGGGGUGGGGGAUGUGGCUGGAUGCUGAGGCCCACCCUUGCCCGGCUCCAGAAGCACACAGCCAGCCAACUUCGUGGGCUUUGUUUGAAGAGCCCACAGGUUACAAAACCCGCGUGGCCGGUGCAAAAGGCUAGCUGCCCCAGCCUCUCCUGGACGUUUUGUGGAAGGUGCUGGAGCAAUUUGGAAGAGAGCGACUAGCUGGGAGGCCAGCGGAGGCUUACGCUUUCGGCUGCCCGGCCCAGAGCUACGGCGCAAGGCUGGAGGCAUGGCGUGUGGCCAGUUAAGAGCUCUGUGCCGUGGUGGGGCUGUGUAGGUUUUCUCCUCGUAUCCUCUUGCAUCGCAUCUACAGCCACCGUGGGUGUUUCUCCCCUUGCACAAACUGGGUUGCUGCUGCUGCUAGCUCUUUCCCUCCCCGGUAGACUGCACUGCAAGGAUGUUUAGUGGAGGCUUGUCCCAGGGCCAGACCUGGAAACUGGCACUCAUGUUCCUAAUGGCCCCAGUGGCAGCAACCAUGACCUUGUGAAUGGGAGGAGCUACCCGGGGGCGGGAGGCAGGACUAAAUCUUGCCCAGUUCUUUCCACAUGAAGUGUACGUUUGUGUGUGUGUGAGUGGCCUGAAUCCUAGCAGACAGAAUGGAGUGGAUUAUUUUGUCCCCAGUGGCUGCUGUUUACACACAGCCCUGUUAUGACGAUGGCAGUUAACCCCUGUCUUAAAGCCAACUGAAGUUGUUACAUUGGAAGCGGAGAUGGCAGAUCUGGCUCAGCGGCCCGGGGGUUGGGAGAGCCGCCGCUGUCUUGGGUCAGCUUGCCCUGACUCGCCACUGCCAGCCAGAACUGUCCGUCGUCCUCUUCCUUCCCUUCCCCCCUGGGACUCUGUCCCCCAACUCCUCCUCGGUAGCUGAGCCUUACCUGUCUAGUUCCGUGCUAGGCACCUAAAGAUUGUAGCAUGCUUCUCCGCGCCAGGUCGUUCUGGCGACUGGCAGACCACAAACCUCCUUACAGUAUUCACUGUGGGUAAUUUAUUGGACUAGCGAAUGUAGAAUUUAAAAAUAAUUUAAGAAGAGAAAACAAAAAGGUUUGUUUGCAAGAUGGUAUGUCCUUUGUACUGGGCCUGAUUUUCAUUGUUUGUGUUCCCGUUCCUUUCUGUUGUGGAGGGAGGGAGAGGGGUCCUUGGGUGGGCUUUGGGCUGCAACUGGGGGGAGAGAGAGGGAGGGAGAAGGGGGUGGCCGGGUGAGAUUCAGCCUCCAGCCACUUUGAUACCGCAGGGUUGCUGCCUGCUCUGUCCCCUUGACUCCCCCAAAUCCCCUCCAGGGUGACCACACAGGGGCUGCUGCGGCUGUUUCAUCGGUGCUGCCGGGGGACCCAUCCUUAGCUUCUUUCGUUCCCUCGUGUCUUUCCCUCACUUCUGUGAGCACUAAGCAUAUACCUAAAUGGCUCUUAACAUGAGGAAUGGUUUUAAUGUUGUCGGGAAUGAUUUCUUCUGUUCCUUUCGUGGUCUGCGUUUGUUUGAAGUUUCUGUAUGUAAAGUAGUUUAAAGAAAAUUGCCAAACCA